GAAGUUUGAAGCAUCAUUACAUUCAUACACUCCCAAAACCGAAACCACUCCAAAAGAACUCCCUCCUUCUCUCGUCGCUCUCGCAGUUUGCAGCCCCAACUAUAACAAUUCUUUGAGUAAUUUUUCCCCGAUUUUUUUGGAGCCUCUUUUCGUACCUCGGUGGUUUUGCUGUUUGUGGAUUUCGAUUCGGCAACAAUGUGCUGCUAAACAGAUGGCAAAUAGUACAUGUUCUAGCUCAAGUUCAAUGAAUUCAAAACAGAAGCCAAUAAAAGAAAAGAGUGUGAAACAAUUGACAUUUGAAGCUAAGGAAGUCAAUGACAAUGAAGAGCACGAUUUGGGAACUUCACACUUAGAAACAAAGAGAAUGGAUGCUCGUUGGUACCGGUCUCUGUUUCGAAAACCAAAAAAUGGUAAGGUUGAGGUGCCUCAAAGGGUUCAACCUGAUAUCUUUAGAAACGAGACAGCACAAAUGCCAGAGUCAAGGAAUCCAUUACUGGAUGAAGAUUUAGUUAGGAAGGAUGUUGGGCAUGAUGGAGAAAAAUCGACUCAUUCUAAGAGAAAUGGAAUCAUGUUGGACACGGGUUCAGAUCUUUCUACCACAUUGGCUGAUGAUGAUGAUUGCAACCUCAUCCCUUCAAGGUUGCGUGACAAUAUUGUAGGGACUGGUGGGUCAUGUUCCAAACGGAGAAGGUUGGAUUGUGAUCCUGUGGUCUCAUCUAACCCUUCUACAACUGAGCUUCAGGAUGGAGUUGAUACUGAUGCAAGUGUGUUGCAAAAGGAAUAUCCUGUAAAUUCACCAAAAGAAGUCACAAAGCACACCUGUCUAAUUUGCAAGAGUGGUGGACAGCUACUGUUUUGUGGUGGAAAAGGAUGCAGCGGGUGCUACCAUUCUUCUUGUCUUGAGCCACCCCUGGUCGAUGCCUCCAUUGGAGUUUGGUAUUGCCAUUUCUGUGUGAGGAAGAAGAUUGAACUUGGUGUAUAUUCUGUAUCGGAGGGAGUAGAAUCAAUUUGGGAUGUCAAAGAAGUUUUGACAUCAAAUUCUGAUGGGUCUACUCUUGCUCGGAAAGAAUAUCUAGUGAAAUAUAAAGGCGUUGCUCAUGUUCAUAAUCGAUGGAUACCAGAAAAUCAGUUACUUCGUGAAGCUCCUUCACUUCUUAAAAACUUUAAUAUGAAAAAUCAGGACCGAAGGUUGAAGCUAGAAUGGAGUCUACCUGAUCGUCUGCUGCAGAAGAGAGCAAUAAUCCAUUCCACACAGCAAGAUGAUCACAACAUUAAUGAUGGAGUUCAAAACUUAAACUGUUGCUACGAAUGGCUUGUGAAAUGGCGUGGUCUUGGUUAUGAGCAUGCUACAUGGGAGUUGGACAAUGAGUUGUUUCUUCGUUCACCUGAAGGUCAGAGGUUAAUCAGAGGCUAUGAAGAGUGUUUCCAGAGAGCAAAGAGAGCAGCUUCUUGCUCCAGAGUAGAUAAUGUGCCACAGAUUGAUCAACUCAAGGAGCGGCCGUCAAGUCAUAUUGCAUAUAAGUGCAAGUCGGACUCUUUCAAGUUUAUUGAGUAUUGGGUUCCUGUCCAGAUAUCUCAUGCGCAGCUUGAGCAGUAUUGUGCUACUUUACAUUCAAAUGCUUCAAUUCUUCGUUCAUCAGCAAAGACGGAUAUCGAUGCCCUUCGUGACAUUAUUAUUACGGCCCGAAAGUGUUGUAUUCAUCCUUCUAUUGUUGAUCAAACACUGAAAAGUCGACUUACUGUUGGUCUUGAUGAGGCUGAAUUCAUCGAUGUUGAUAUAAAAGCAAGUGGCAAGCUGCAACUACUUGAUUCGAUGCUCAUGGAGUUGAAGGCUAAAAGCUUAAGGGGUCUGAUUCUUUUUAAGUCUAUUGGUGGUUCUGGGAGGGUUUCUGCAGGAGAUUUUUUGGAUGACUUGUUACGGAUAAGAUUUGGUCCAAACUCGUAUGAACGGGUUGACAAAGGUCUUUUAGUGUCCAAGCAGAAAGAUGCCAUGAGGAAAUUUAACAACAAGGAUGAUGGACGGUUUGUUUUUCUGUUAGAUGCAUGUGCCUGCCGUCCAGGCAUCAGAUUAUCAUCACUGGAUACUAUUAUUAUAUUUGACAGUGAUUGGAACCCAACUAAUGAUAUAAGAUCCCUUCAGAAGAUAACAAUUGAUUCACAGCCCCAAGUGAUAAAAAUAUUCCGCUUAUAUUCAGCCUUCACUGUGGAAGAAAAUGCCUUGAUCCUUUCAAAGCAAGAUAGGAUACUUGACAGCAAUUUACUGAACAUAAGCAGGACUACCUGCCAAAUGCUGUUGAUGUGGGGAGCUGGUUCCCUAUUUGAUGAUUUGAAAAUUUUCCAUCACAGUGAAACUUCUGUUUUGGGUCAGAAAUCUUCAUCUGGGCAACAACAUCUGACAGAAACAGUCCGUGAAUUAUCAUCAGUACUAUCUCAGGACGUUGAAACAAGAAACUGUUCAGUUUUAUUAAAAGUCAGGCAAAAUGGGUCAACAUACCGGGCAGAUUUUCCUUUGCCUGGUGAGAUGAAAAAUAAGAUACUGGAGGAAGAGCUUCCCCAUAUUUUUUGGACAAAACUUUUUGAGGGGAAACAGUUUAAGUGGAAGUACUCUUGUAGUUCAUCUCAGCGGAGCCGAAAGAGAGUAGAUCUUUUUGAUGGUAGUGGAGGUAUAUCAAAAAAGCGCCGGAAAGUGAAAAGCAAUCUUAUGGACCAGCCUUCUUCAAAAUCUGAAGGUUUUAAGUUAUCUACUGGGAUCAAGACAGAUAGACUUGGAUUUGAUGAUGUCGAACAUGAGGAAACAACUAGACUGCGUGAUGAGCAGAGGAGCUUAUAUCUUUCUCUGAAGCCAGAGAUCAAAAAGCUUUGUGGUGUUCUUCUUCUCCCUAUUUGGACUGUUGCUCCAUUGCUAAAGCACAAAGUUGACCACAGGGAUUCUCUUUUACUUGCAAAACAGCAUUUGGAUUUUGUCUGUAGGAAAGAAGAGGUGGAUUAUAUCUACUCAGUUUUACGCUGUCUGAAGGGACUUUUUUUACAUCGGAUGGGAAAUUCAAAGGAUACUGGUUCUCCAAAAUCUCCCGAGUCAUCAAGGAAGGUUUAUUCCAAUAAAGAAGUAGCACAAGAGGUUGACUUGUUUAAAAAUGAUGUGUUCAGAAGUAUUAGGGAAAUACGGAAGAAGUGCCAAGAGCAGUUGAAGAAACUUAAACGGCUGCAACAAGAAGAGAAGGAAAGAUUAGAAACAGCUUUUGAGGAUGAAAAGGCUGAAUUUGAGAAAAAGUACAAAAUAGAGUCAUUGGUUAUUCGGACCUGCUCUCCAAAUGAUGUGAUGAAGACAGAGAAGCUCAAAGUCUUGAACACUGAAUUUGGUUCAAAAAUUGAAGAACUAAAAUGUGAGCAUGAAACACGUCUAAAGGCUCUUGAGGACACACAUAUGGCUGCUAGGCAGAACUUCAAACAUAGAGAAGAUGCAUGGGCACAAGAUGUAGAGGAUUGGGCAAAAAGUGAAUUGUCAAACAUAGAUGCUUCAAAGGAACUUGGGACGGCAGUUGAAUACACGCAGCUGUCUGAUCAGGAAAAUGCUCACAAGGGUUCAGAGAGUAUGCCCCUUGUGUCUGAUCAUUUGACUGAUGAGAAGGGUCAUGAUAAUAACACAAAUGAGGCCAUGCCUAAUGAUGUUCAGGAUGAAGUUCAUUCUUCUACACACAAUAAACUAGAUGGGACUGUUUCAAGCCUGUCUUGUGAGAAUGCCGUGCAAACUCAUGGAGCUUAUAAUGGUUUGGAUAAUGCUACCACUGAAACUUCACAUUUACCUAAUGAAGGGAUUGCUGAUGGGGCCAUGGCAGGCAUAGUGAAUAGAGAUGCACCCAGAAAGCCUACCACCGUCACUGCUACUGAUUGUCUGGAAAAUGUUUCAGCUGAUAGUCCUCCUCCAUCUGUGGAGCAAGUAACUGAUGGAGUUGCUUUAAAUGAAAUUUUAGAUAGAUGUGCCACCCCAGAAACUAGCCACGAUCAGGGCAGAGUAAGCAUAUUGGGACGAGAGGUACCUGUGGAAGUGGAAACACAUAGGAUGGUCAAUUUUAGUGAAUGUCCCGUAAAUGCUGCUGCUGUCAAUCAUUUCUCAUCUGUGGAUCAAACAUCUGACAAAGGACCUAUAAAUGACCCAGAUAGUACUGUCUCAUCAUUCAGGUGUUGUCAAGCUGAUGGUCCUGAUAAAAGUUCCCUUUCAAAUCCACCUUUGGUACAACAAUUUACUGAUGUAGUCUCUUUGAAUGAACCUGAUGGAGAUACUCAUGAAGCGGCUGAUUGUCAUAAUGAUACAAGGCCUUCCACAGACACUUCUUCAGUGGAUAAAAGUAGUAUGAUACCAGCCCAGCUGGAAGGAGUGCAGCAAUCACCAUCUCUGGAGGCCCCUCCUGCUCAGGAUACUGCUGGAGAAGUGCAGAAUUCUUCUGAAAGAGCUGAACUAGUACCUAAUCUAGUUGGUGUUGUUCCAGCUAAUCAAUCAAAUUCAUGCAUCCUGGAGCCUUCCGAGAAUGGAGUUGAACAUCAGCCGAACAGAAAUGAUCUCCCCCACCACGAAACAGAGGUUUCAGCUGUGGUUCCUAAUCAGGAUGUUGUGCAGGCUGACUCAAAUUUAGAGCUUGGUUCACACUCGCAAGCAGUUGUGCACUCUGUCCUAAAUUCAGGCCAUGAUUCACUUGGGCCAGUUGGAGUCAUAAGAGAGGCUUCAAGUUCAAGCUUGAGAAAUUUGUCAACUCCUUCAGAAAUCAACAAUCAUCCUAUACAUACUGCAACUCAUUCAGCUUCUAGAAUGCCUCUGCCGUUGAGCGCCGAUCCACUUAAAAAUGAAUUGGAAAGAAUAAAAAAAAUUAUUGAACAACUGACCAAAAACCAUGAAGAAAUGAGAUCUAAACUGAAGUCUGAUUUCGAAAAGGAAUUGGAGGCACUUCGUAGGAAGUAUGAUAUUAAAUUUCAAUUGGUUGAGAAUGAAUUUCAACAAACGAAGAACAGGUUGGAUUCAAGUUACCACACAGUUUUGGUAAAUAAGAUGUUGGCAGAUUUUUUUCGGUCCAAAUGCAUGUAUCGUAAAACAUCUGAUGCAUAUGGAGUGCAGCAAGAUGCAGGUGUUGCCCAGCAGUCGAUUCAGCUUGCAAGACAACAAAGUGCUACUUUUCCUUCCCAGGUUGUUGCUGGUUCAUCUUCCCGGGGACCACUUUCUGCCAAUCUUCAUAGUCCAUCUGCUUUGGUUAGCUCUCAGAAUUCGCUCCCACCUUCAAAUGUUACUUACAAGACACCAAGUCCUCCUGCAAGACUUCCUCUUAACUGCAAUUCUUCACCCUCAGGGAAUUUUCCGAUUGCCAGUGAGAUGCGAGCCCCGGCACCACAUCUCCAGCCUUUUAGACCCUCGACACCUAUGCUGGCUCCUAAUCACCCUGCUCUCCUUCAUGGGAUGCCAAAUCAGGCUGCACCUAUUAACAUACCUGCGAUUGCUCCCACAUUGUCUUGUGUUCCAGCCCAACCAACUCCACUGACAUAUCAGUCUGAUCCUCAGAUGGCCCACCAGCCGAAUAGCUCUGUUGGAACUGGUGGGUUUUCCACCCUUAACUUACGGACCAUCAGCUUACAUGCGAAUGCCAACACUCAAUCUACUGUUUGUCUUCCAAGAGUUCAGCCAAGUAUGUCAGAAGUGGUUUCUUUGAACCCACCCAGAAUUGGCACCAGUGUUAAUGUGACUCCUAACUCAUCCAGUCAAGCUGCAUCUCUUGAAUUAGUCUGUUUAUCAGACGAUGAGUGAUGACUAACUCUAGAUGAAAUUUUGCAUACUUGUCCUAACAAUAGGCCACGAAAUAGAUUUUCUAAAGCCCUAUUUUUUUAUAGGUGAAAGCUUUUUAAAUCAAUUUAGGAGGGAAGGUAUUGUUGGAUCGAUGGUGGUAUCUGUAUUUGAUUUUUGGGGUUUUGGGUCCAACAUUUGCUAAUUAUUGAUUUUAUGAUGUACAUAUAUGUAAUUAAUCUUACAUGCAAUGAAUAGAUGGAUGUUAAACGAAGCAUAUCGGAAUCUAAUAGUAAACUAAUGCAACUAGAAACGACCAAAAUCUUACAUCUAAGAUCGAACAAAUAUUUUCCCGGAGUUUAUUUAAAGUAUUGGUUUGCGCGGUCUUGUUCGCUUGUGGAUGGUUUUGAAUAGAUUGCAACGUGCACCAAACUACUGAGAGAAUUAUUGCCAUGAGUGUAUUAGAGACAUUUUUCAAUGUAUACAAUUAAGAUU